AUGGGAACAGAGGUUUUACCGCCACAAGAUCUCCUCGCCGGUAGAUUACGCGUUCCUCCGGCGUCGUUCCAUCGCCGGAGGAAUUUUCCAGGCAACGGAAACCUGACCCACCUAAUCGUCAAUCGGAGGUCGAGUUACAACGUGGCCCAUAAAAAAGCAUCUCCCCGUCCGGACAAGAAAAGAUCCACCGCCACGGCGGAGAAAGGCGGGACGAAGAAGGUAACCCAAGGCGGCGUGACGGAUGUACGGCGGAAGGAUCACGGAGUUGGCGGCGGCCUCGUGAUGGGGCAGGUGACGAUCCUUAGGAGGGGCGAGUCGCUUGAUUCGUUGGUGUCCAAAAUGAAGGGCGGAAAGUCAAACCCUAGAUCCCCAAAUCAGAUACCGGGCGACGACAUGGCGUUUCUUGGGACCAGCCGGAUCGGACCGGAGUCGCCGGAUAUGCUGCCGAAGCAGAUCCGCCUGUCGCCGCCGUCUUUUCACGACGUGUACGCCGGGUCGGCGUUCUCUCUAUCGCCGUCUCCACGCGCCCUCCCUCUGCCUUCCUUUUUCAACAAAAAACAGCAAACUGACGGCGGUGAAAUCCGGCCGUUGGAUGAUACCGCGACGCGAGAUCUGAGGCGCCUGCUUCGUCUCGAUUGA